ACUUGGUUUGGGAGAGGAGCUGUGCGCUGAUUUCAGCGCCACUCAUAAGAACAGACAGGCUCUUCUGCAAAGGGGGAGGGGGGGAGGAAAAACCAUUAUUUAUUCCUGAAAAGAAAGGAGCUCGGAAAUUUAAAAAAAAAAAAAAAAAAGCUGCUAUAUAGCUAGACAUGCGUGUUUUAAAGAGAAGGAUGCUUUGGAAGACUUUGGUGCUGCUGCUGUUCUGUUACAGCGCUCAUGCCACUGUGAGCCACAGAUGGAGCAGAGCGAUGCUUUUUCCAGCUGCUCAGCGAUUCAAGAGGUCCUCAGCUGCCUUCCUCAACCCAGUGCUACAGAACUCGCUGGAAGAUGUGGUCCUGCUUUAUGAGUUCCUUUUAGCCGAGCUGGACAUCGACAAAGGCCAGAGGAUCUCCAUCAAAGACGAGGAGCUGGCUUCCCUGAGGAAAGCCGCCGAGUUUGACACCAUCUGCAACGAAAUCAUCCCCAAGAGCAUCUCCGACAUCCGCAGGCUGAGCAGCCGCCUCUCCUCCUACCCCAGAGCCCUCAGGAAGGAAGACUUUGAAAGGACAGUGCUGACCAUGGUCUACACGGCCUACAGAGCUGCCCAGAGCCGGGGCCACCAGAAGGACACGUGGGCAGAGUCGUUUGUAAACCUUUACAAAGCCCUCAAGAACGAUUUGAUGUUCCCUCACCACAAACGGCCGUCGUAGCGGAGAUGAGGCCUCACUACACGGCGUAGUACGGCCAACACUUUAUUCUCUAAAGAGUUUAAUCGCCUGCUUCCUCAAAGAUUAUUUGUUUUCUGGCUCCCUCUUGUGGAAWCCGCUCUCUAGCUCCGUGUAAAACGCUGACAAACGUCGUCGCAGUCCGGAGAUUUUGAUUUUUGGAGGUGCAUUCUGUGGCAGGCAGAGAAGGGAGGCUGGUGUACACCUUGUUUUGGGCAAACUGAGGAUUUCUUAGGAGAUCCACACAGAUAUACUCUGCUCAUGCUCUCAUGCUGAUGUCUGAGAGCUGGACGGUGCUGCUUUCCUCUUCCAAACUCAUGUUUUGUAAAAGAAUCUUACACAGAGAUGAAAACCUUCUGUAAAAGGAAAGGGUUUCAUAACUGCCAGCCUUCAGGAAUUAUGCCACAUAUUAUUCAUUCCAAAUGUCCUCCUCARUAAGCACUCUCUGACUCACUUCAGUUGGCUGGGCCUGUUUUUAAUUGCAAUAACAUUUGCAGAACACAAAGGGCAUUGUGAAAACACCAGCAGCAAACAAUGCCUGUGAACGUAUUCCCCUCUUCCUGUAGCUGUCCUCCCAAACAGCUUGCAACGAUUCUUUCAUUAUUUGUACAUGACUUUGCUUCUGCUCCUUGUUUUUUCUUUUUUUUUUUUUUUUUUUUUUUUUUUUUUUUUUUUUUUUUUUUUUUUUUUUUUUUUUUUUUUUUUUU